AUGUAUGCAAAUGAAACUAUGAAAGUAACUUGCGAAACAGGUCAGGACUUGACGGGUUUGGCUGGGAGCCCUGCAUAUGUUGCACCAGAAGUGUUGUUGGGUAGAUACUCAGAAAAGGCGGAUAUAUGGAGUGCUGGAGUGCUCCUGCAUGCUCUGUUGGUUGGUGUUCUUCCAUUUAAAGGGGAUUCACAAGAAGCAGUUUUUGAGGCUAUUAAGAAUUCCAAGCUAGAUUUCCAAACCGGGAUGUGGGAAUCAAUAUCUAAACCUGCACGAGAUCUUGUUGGGAGAAUGCUGACAAGGGAUAUUUCAGCAAGGAUAACAGCUGAUGAAGUACUUAGACAUCCAUGGAUAUCUUUCUACACAGAACGUACAUUGAAGAUCCUGCCCGUUGAAUCAAAGUUGAAGCACCAAAAUGGAGCUGCUUCCCACAACUUUGUUGCUGCACCUGAACCUAGGUUAGGAAAAAACAGGAUGGAUGAUGGGUUCCUUAAUGAGGUUUCAAAGUUGAAGCACCAAAAUGGAGCUGCUUGCCACAACUUUGUUGCUGCACCUGAACCUAGGUUAGGAAGAAACAAGAUGGAUGAUGGGUUCCUUAAUGAGGUUUCAAGCCUUUCAAUGCUUUUUCUUAUAUAA